AUGGCUUCUGGUACUCACCCACCAAGUAGUGCAGCAACCAUCAGAGGAACCACCUUUCAUCAGCGCCACUCAUCAUUCGCUCCACCGUUGUCGUCACCACUCAUCAUUAGCUCCACCAUUGUUAGCACCACCACUAGUUGGCUGGUGGUGAUUUCUGUCAGGGUUUAUGGGUGGGCUGGUGGUGAUUUCAGAGUGGAUUUGUCGGAGUGUAUUCUAAAAGGGCUUAAUCAUAUUCAUAGAUGUGGGUAUGUACACUGUGAUAUCAAGCCUGAGAAUGUUCUGCUUGUGAAUGUGAGUGCUAGUACUACUGUUGCUGCUCAUUUUGUGGCCAAGAUUGCUGAUCUUGGGUUGGCCAAGAGGGGAAAAGAGUUUAACAAACGAGAUCUGUUCAAUCUUAUUGCUGACAAGUGCGAAUUGCCUGAAAUUCCAGGUGGGAUUUCAAGUCAAGCCAAAGAUUUUCUGAAAGCGUGCCUUGUGAAGAAAUAUAUGUAUAGGUUUACUGCUGAGAUGUUGAUGGAUCACCCAUUUCUUGACAGACUUGGUGAUGAAGAACUACCGGCUGUUACCUGUGUUUCUGAGAUUGAUGAGGCCGAUUAUGAGGUUUUUUGUUUCUCAGAAGAUUAUGAGUUUAGAUGUUCUUCUGGCGAUUUGAGCUUGCUGCUUGAUGAUGAUAUCAAUUUGGGUUUACUUGUCAUUACCAUAAAGACUUAG